UAGAUCUUACUACUUUUUCCUGAUGAAAUUGGAUGUUGUUGAGGGUAAAUUGACGGUUGCCCUCGAAAAAUAUAUCAAUCUUGCAGCAUACAGUCUUCAAGUAGAAUAUGGCGAUUUUGAUCCAACAAUACAUACAAUUGAUUUCAUGCAAACUGUACCUCUUUUACCAAAGCAUAUCUGCCGAAAUGCACAAAUUCAGGAAGAUUUGUUGAAGAGAGUAUCGGCGGUACAUGAAAGGCUGAAAGGAAUGCAACCAAGCUAUGCUGCAUUACUGUAUAUCGUAGAUGCUCAACAAUGUGAGGGAUAUGGAGAAGAAUAUUUUAAUGGGAAGGAUGAAGAUAGUACUGAAGUAAAGAUUGGAUAUUCUCAGGAAGGUAUCAUUAUCAAAGGAUCCUAUGGUGCACCAUUAAAACAUAAAUGGGAACAUAUCAAGGAUAUGCAAGCAAUGAAACGACAUUUAAAUAUUCGACUUCAUGAUGGAAACUUAGUUCAAUUUACCAUGGAAGAUGCAGAAAUGGCACAUUAUGUGGCAGUGGUAAUGAUGUGGCAAUUUCGUUAUGCGACAAAUAAAGCAAUAAUUGAAAAAAACAGCCCAAUGAAUAUCAAUAAUUUGCAAGGAAGUAUUCGAACAUUCAAUCAAAUGAGAUCAUCAAAUGCUGAGCUUAAUUCAACUCGUCUAAUUGGACCAGACUAUGCUUCAUUAGUUUAUACGAUGAUGCCUGAACCGACGUAUUGUUCAUCCACCCAACGCUUGCCAUCAACGAAACGACCGCAGCGUACGUCACUUUUGCAGGCGACAUCAAUGUGUAAUCUAUCAAUCCAUACUGGUUGCGGUGAAACUCAACCAUCAAAACGUUCACCUUUAACAUCGCUGAUACAGUAUAGCAAAACGGAAAAUGCAGAUAUUGCUGAUGCAUUACAAUCACAAGAUCAAGCAAACAUAGAAUUCGAAAAUAUUUCUCGGAAUGCACUAUCAAAAUCCACUGCAGCAUUGAAUUUUAUGAACGAUGAAGAAUAUAUUUCACCGCCAGGUGUUUUAUAUUGUUCAACUCCCUUCCUGCUACAAAAUAAUGCGCAGAAUGCUUCUUCAUCACCAAAAAAUAUCAAUGGUAUGGUCCCUUCUAUUGUUGAAGAUGAUGCUCAAAAAUUUGAAUUUCAUAAUUUUGCUGCUUUACGAAAACGACACUUAGCUGAUACGAUGACUGGUUCUUCACCGGAAAUUCGUAUGAUCGGCGGCGGAACGCAUACAUUGUGCCGCAACGCUGCGGCAUUAGUACACAAGCACUCUUUGCUUGCGAAUGGAUCUCAAAAGACAUCUCCGGGUCAUGCACUUAGUACUCCGGAUCUAUUGAGCUCUUGCCGUUCAUCACCUGAUCUUAUCACUUCCGUAUUGGACCGAUAUCGACUAGCGGUAGCUGAAGCGGAAUUACGAGCUGCUGUUAUUUCACAAAAGCCAUCACAAUUACAACAUCUCAAUGGUACCAUUCAAGCAGGUGGACAUUUGCAAACAAUGAAAAGCUGUGGAAAUUAUAUGCUACCAUCACCGCCAUCAAUGAAUGUCAAAUCGCAGCGGGGUAUGAAUAAGGAAUCACAAAGAACUGGUGACAAUAUUAAAACAGCUACACCGGCGACAAAGUUUAUGGUAAUGGAAGUAGCUGAGGCGGAAAUGAAAGAACAUAUGUCCAAAGAUGCUAUGAGGCCAAAAAUACGCAAAAAAUCACUACCCGUAAUGUCCUCUCCUCCACAAACAUCAUUCUAUCAUCGCUCAACGGCAUCAAAGAUUAAAGGUCAGGCGCAUCCACUUUCUUAUUUGGCACAAGCCGGGCACAUCUAUUAUCCUCCUUCAUCACCUCUUACGCAAAUUCAUGAGAUUUAUCGAAAUAAUGAAACAAGUGGCUUUGGUAGUUCGAAUGAGCCAAAUUCAGGGGCAACAUAUUCUAACAGUGUCUUGAAAUCACCACCACUAUUUUCGGGGCAUCAUCGCUACGAGGUAAUUGAAGAAGACCGAACUCCAGAAUCUUUUCUCCAUCGAGUUCAUGAACUCUGCACACCCUCAUCUUGUGGUGCUGUCAGAGCACUUCCAGUUCAAAACCAGGCUCUAACCGUAUCAUCACCGCGAAGCGUUUCACCUCCUGAUGUUUUCAACAAUCGCACCAAGAACCCAAUCUCCGAACAGCUGAGCAAUUCAUCGGCUGAUUCACCGCGGUCUACCAUUAAUCGACCAGUUACUACGGUAGAGCAGCUUCUAAGCGGGAAUGAUUCCGAGAAUAUCCCAUCUUCAUCAAUGACCAAUGGAUCGCCACAAUGUACCGUUUGCGAUAAAGCAACAAAUAUCUGUGAAGCGG